UGUUCAGAGCGAGAGGGCCCGGAGAAGGUGUGGAGUGAGGGUGAAGGGGUCUGUGGUUUGGGGCGCGGGAGGCGGCCGGGGAAGGAAGUACCGGGGGACUCCCGGGAGCUGGCUCUGAAAUCUGGAGCAGCUUGCGCUUUGCCUCUCUGCCAGCGCCACCUGUGAAAGAUAUGGAAAGCAUGAAUAAAAAAGACCGACCAUUCAUGACAAUUCAGAAAAAAGAUAGCUCAGAUAAUCUGGUAUUCUGUAUGAAAAAUGGAAUGAGAAGCAUUAAGUAUAAGCCAGUAGACUAUCAGCAAUUGCACACAUUAACUGAAGCAAAAAAAUUAGCUGCUGCCUCCACAGAGCUAAAGAUCAGAAAAGCAGUGCAGACUUCAAAGAUAUCUAAGGAACAACAACUAAUAAAACAACACAGGCAGGUGUGGUGGCAGGAACACCAAAGGCUAAAGGAAGUCAGGUGUAAAGUGGAAUCUGAAAUAAAAUCUUUUUUCAAAGAAGAGAACAUUGGAAGUGAAUGUCUUUCUGACCUUAAGAAUUUUGAACAAGAGUUAUCUGAACAAUGGUGCCUGUAUCUUAAAAAUGUGAUAAAUCCUAUUCAGCAAUUGAUAGCAGACCUAAAAUACAGACAGCAUUCACACUCACACAAUGAGUUGAACUCAGUGGAUGUACUGGAAGAGGUUGACUCUGUGAAGAAACAAUUAAAAGCUGUCUUUGAAAGACUUAGCCUGGAGCAACAGAAUUUAGAAAAUAGUCUUUCAGACUGGAGUAUUAAAAUACUAGAUCAUUAUUCAGAAGAAAGGAGGAACCUGCUUAGUGAACUGCCAAUGGAAUUAGAAGCUUUGGAAUGCCCAUACCCUGAUUUGAAAUCUUCAAUUUUUAAUGAGUUCUGUAACUUUACAGAGAAAUAUCAAAAGAAACUUCAAGAUUUUGAUCUGCAGUUAGAAGACAUAAAUAGAAACUUCCAAUUAAGUGAAGAAGAACACUGGAUAUACCAGGCUGUUUUGGAUCAGUAUCCUGGAGAUCUCUGUGGCAGAAGAACUCUGUAUCUGGACAUGUUACAACGAUAUUUUCCUCACAAAUCUAGGCAUGCUUUGGUCGAACAUGAGAAAUGUUGUGACCAAUAUCACUUUGCAAGGGAGCAGCGAAAGGUCCUGAUAUCAAAUUGGAAUAAGAAUAGGAGGGAUUUUAUACAGAAGGCUGUGCUGACACUUGCCGAGGCCUGUGCGGCUCAUGAAAUGGAGAGCACGUUGGCUAAGGACAGGAGAAAGCAACAGGAUUUGUGUGCUGACCUGAAAGCCAAGGUUCUUCAGUGGCGAGCCCACCAGGAAGAGGUAGCACGACUGGAAAUGGAAAUUUCUGCCAGAAGAAGGGAAAAGGAAGAGGAGAAAGAGAAACUGUGGAAGAAGAAGAAAUUGUUACAAAGAGAAGAGAAGAAAGAAAAAAUCAGAGAAUACUGGGCUAAAAAAGAACAGAAUUGGCAAGAAAUGGAAAUGAGAGAUCUUCGGCGUCUAGAAGAAUUGAAGAAAAUAAUGGCUGAACAGUCGGUAAAAGACAGAGAAAGGGUUAACUACAGACAACAAUUAUUGGAAAAGCGUUUGAUGGAGAAAAAAGAGGUGGCUCUUCAAGAAGCACAUGAAGAAGAAGAAAGAGAGAGGCGGCUGGAGGCCCUUAGGAAACAGGUUGCUAUUGUUGCUCAAUUUGAUCCUGUUAGAAUGAUGUCAGAUACAAUGGCAUCGAAAGCGAGGAUGGGUAUUGGAAUUGAGGAAGAAUUUAUUCUUCAAAAGCCACUCUUCACAUUGAAUACAUACAAUGAACAGCAGAUAAUUUCUGACCCUAGACUUCGUUUUGAGUUAGCACUUCGAGAAGCUGGACUUCAUAAAACCUUUUAUGCCAAAGAGAUAUUACCAAAAAUCAAUCCUCAAAAACCGCCAAGAAAGGACAUGGAAUCUACUGUAUUUAAAACCUAGAGUUCAUUUUCAAAUCCUAUUAAAUGUAAACAAAAUUUUUCUCUGAAUACAUUUAUAUGGAUAACAAUGA